CCGCGGCCCCGCCCCUCCCUCCCUCCCCGCCCGCCGGAGGAUGCUGCCGGUCCCUGUCUCCGGUGCGGGACCAUGAGCCGGGCGGAGGCCGAGCCCUGCUCCCGGGCGCUGGCGCAGGCCCGCGUCUACCUGGGCCAGCUGCGGAGCCGCGUCUCGCCGGCGGGCCCGGAGGGCGGCGGGCGCCGGGAUUACCUGGUGGAGGCGGCGCGGCAGCUGCGGCUGGCGCUGGAGCGCGACGUCAGUGAGGACUACGAGGAGGCCUUCAACCACUACCAGAACGGUGUGGACGUGCUGCUCCGCGGGGUGCAGGUUGACCCCAACAAGGAGCGCCGGGAGGCCGUGAAGCGGAAGAUCACGCAGUACCUGAGGCGUGCAGAGGAAAUCUUCAACUGUCACCUCCAGCGGGCUGCAGAGGGCAGCAACCCCGCCGCCACGGGUUACAGCAGCCUGCGCUUCCGGCCCAUCAGGACCCUGAGCUCAGCAGUGGAGAACCUGAGACGGUGCAAAGUUGUGGGAGUGAUCGAUAAGGUGCAGAUCGUCCAGGAUCCUGCCACUGGUGCGACCUUUAUACUUAAGAGCCUCCCCAAAUCCCAUAUUGAGACCCGUGAGCGACAGACCAUCAUCCCUCAUGGGGUCCCCUUCAUGGUCAAGCUGUUGUGCUACUCUGUGAGCGAGGACUCCAUCUUCCUCCACCUGGAGCACGUGCAGGGAGAGACGUUGUGGUCUCACCUUCGCUCCAAGUACCAUGUCCAGCAGGGCUCUGCAGAUUCAAGCACUGCUCAAGCCCUCAGGGACCUCGGCAGGGAGGACGGCGUGGGAAGCUCCCAGAGCAGCAGCCAAGUCUCCAUCUUCUCUGCUCGGACAGGCAGUGGUUUCCCAGGCUCCACAACCCACCGAGUACCGGGAAACGCUGACGCUUCGCCCCCUCGGGAGCAGACUCCCAUCCCCACGGACCGUGUUGCAGCAGCACCAGCCAAAGGCCCCAGCCACCUCACCAGCCAGGGCCCGGUCGUCUACCCCUGGGACUCCCUAACCAGCAGCACCGGCUGUGUGUCAGAGAGCGCGGCCUCCCAGCCAGGCCCCCGGCUCCCCCAGCCCGUAUUGAACACUGCGAGAGAGGCCCAGCCGCCACCUCAGCAAGUGCCUGAGGUCCCUGGGGCUCGGUCCCUCCUGACCUCGGGUCGGAGGCAGCUUCGUGCAGGAUUUGCUCCGCCCGGCUCUGUGCAGCCCCGCGGGCCUGGCCCGGUGGCGCGGGAGCCCUCGCGGGAAGCCUACGGAGGGCUGGGCCAGCAGCCGCCAUCAGAACAGUGCCGGGCUUUGGCUUCCUGGGGGCAGGGGCGCAGGGCAUGGGCCGUGCGGGAGGAGCAGGUGCGGCUCUGGGCAGCUGAAAUCCUCCUGGCCCUGGAGGGGCUUCACCAGCAGGGCGUGCUGUGCCGAGACCUCAACCCCAGGAACCUGCUGCUCGAUGCGGCGGGUCACAUCCGUCUCACCUUCUUUGGCCAGUGGACAGAGGUGGAGCCCCAGUGCUGCAGCCAGGCCCGGGAACAGCUGUACAGUGCCCCAGCCGCUGUCCCAAAACCACCCUUCAGGGAUUCAACCUCACACCCAGUUGCAUGUGCCAGAGGGGCUCAGCCUGGCUGCUACCUCACUGCUCACAGAGCUCCUGCAGUACAACCCAAAGCAGCGCCUGGGCUCUGGAGGAGGUGGCAUGGCAAAGCUGAAGUCCCACUCCUUCUUCAGCACUAUCCUGUGGAACAAGCUGGUGGGCUAGGCAGGCCGUCCCUCCUGUGGAGAGCUGCGCACAGCCACUGUCCCUGGUGGCACCGGGAGCUCUGUCUGCAGGGGCUGCCCUGGGGAGGGCUACACAUAAGGUUUUGCAGCCUUACAUGUUGUCUCUGCCUGUGUUUGUUGGUGUCUCCAAGGAGGCUGUGGUCUGGGCCUGGCUGUCUUCUCCUCCAGGUCCUCCCUGGUGGAAAAGGGAGCCCAGGUGCUCACCCCUGGAGAAAGGCCAUGUGCCCUUUUUCUGGGGCACCCCUUGCUCAGCUUAGCACCGUGCCCCAGGGCGCCUCACUACAAUUUUUAUCUCUGCUCCUACCACAGUGACCCCCCCCCUUGCCCUGUUAUAUUUUGUGGCUUCCACGUGCAUCACCUCUGGGCCCUGCUGGCUGGAGCCCAAGCCCGGGGCCUGCCCAUCCCUGACUGCAUGUGCGUGUGGGUGGUGCCUGC